AUGACGUACGUAGAUUGUAAAAAUGCUGUCAACAUUCGAAUAGAAUUUCAUACGGAAAAAUCCAUUCGAUUGUACUCAACAUUCUUAGUUAAAUAUUCCUGGUGUUUUUUGUUACUUGGAUUAGUCAUUUGUAUCGCGUUGGGUUUGUCAGCGAUACUUGGAGGUGAUCUACCUGAUUUCAAUGAUCCGACUAAAGGCUUUGUGCCCAGGGGUAAAAAUACGUUAACAUCUCGUUUAUUCGUUCUUGAACGAGUGAAAAAAGAGCUCGAUAAACAGAUCGCAGCCGCGAAGCAAACAAACAAUACGAAAAUCUCACUUGAUACCAAUCAAAAUGAAGAAGAAGACGAAGAUCUUGAUUACGAUGAUAGCAUAUCCCAGUCGGAUCUUCUCAAAGAUUUGGAAGGCAGUUCCGACACGUGUGCCUUUCCUUCCAAUACCGAAGAGAAAUGUUUAACAAAUAAACAAGUAUAUAAUCUCUUAAACAAUAGAAGUGAUCCGAUCCGAUUCGGUAAAGCCAUCGAACAUCAAAUUAACAAGCCACACGAACAAAUGUGCACAUCGAUUGAUCUAAAUCGUCACUAUGAAGUUUAUUUCGAAUCAAGUAACAAGUCGUCCGAAAAUCUUUUGACAAUCGAAAAUCUUCGUUCUCUUUGUCAUAAACAAGAAAAUCUUUUACAAUUGUUUCAAUUAAAUUCCACAUGUCAUUAUACAUUACCACAAAUGAUUUCAUAUUUCUCCAACAAACCCAAUUGCUCUGAAUUGACUGAAAAUGACAUCACAAGCUUCGUAUAUCGUAUACAACGUUGUCAUAAGUUGUAUCAAACGGGUUUGAUUCGUCUAGCGGGCUUAAAACGUUAUCGAACGAGACCAAUUGAAUUAUUCGAAUAUGAUUCGUGUUUUCGAUAUAAUUUUACGUUUUUAUCAUUGGAAUAUUUAUUAGACAAAACGUUUUUAUCGACGAAUCAAACCCGUUACACUGCCAUGUGGUUUCUAAAACCAAAACAAGCGAAAAAGUUACUCAAUGGAAGUGAAAUUCAUACUGCGAAUUCAGCUUACGACCUAUUCAUCAGACAUUUCUAUCGAAAUCCGAAAUUCGACGAUGGCUGGACGCGAAUUUCCGCAUUGAAUUUCUUAGAUAUUCGAAUAUCUACCGCCAUGAAGCAAAUCCGAGCUGACAUGUUUUUCGUUAUUCUCGCCAUCUCCUUAAUCGUUGGAGUAACAAUCAUUUACCUUCGAUCGAUAACAGUCGCUCUUAUGACGAAUAUCUGUGUCGUUUUUUCAUUCGCGUGUGCGUAUUUCGCGUAUAAGAUCGCGUUAGGUAUCGAUUUAUUUCCGUAUAUCAAUCUAAUGUCAACAUUUAUUCUGAUUGGCAUAUCGUGUGAUAAUGUUUUCGUUAUAUUCGAUGCGUGGUAUUCGGAAAAAUUAGACAUUUAUAACGAAGCGCGUUUGCAAAAUCGACAAAUCGAAUUUUACGGUAAAUUAACUCAACAACAAGAGCAACAGUAUCAUCGCGAUUGGGAUUAUACGAUGUCGGUGAUACGAAAGAAAUUAUUAACGAAAGAAAAUCAAAAUCAAGCAGACAGUUCGGUGGAAAAUCACGAAGAAGAGGAGGAGGAAUAUUUCGAUCGAAUAAAAAAUCCGGAUUUAAUACGAAUGAUGAAAGUUAAUGACGAACAGAUGAUUCAAAUGAUGGGCGGAUUGCUACGACAUGCAGCAGCCAGUGUAUUUGUUACAAGUUUUACCACUUCCGCGGCGUUCUUCACGAAUAUGAUCACUCGAAUCGCUUAUGUGCAGUUAUUUGGACUUUUCAUGGGAUUUUCUAUUUUAUUUAACUUUCUGAUGAGUAUUACAAUGAUUGUUUCAUUCGUAAUCGUUUAUGAAAAAGUUUGUGAACCAUUAUCAGCACGUCUCGGACUUUUUAAUCAUUUUCCUUCGUUAUUUGACAAAACUUUAGCAUCAUUAACACGCCUAAGUCAUGUCAUAUUUACUGUUCAUAUUCCGCGUUUGAUUAUUAAACUUCGUUACAUUUUAAUUCUCGUCUUCUUCUGUUUUGGGAUCAUUGGAUUGAUCAUCGUUUUCUAUCAUCCAAAAUUAUCUCCACCGAAGUCACGCCGUUACCAAUUCUUUCAACUGACACAUCCCUUCGAACGAUUUGAAUAUCAAAUGCGUGACCAAUUUUUAUCAUAUAUCAAUGAAGAUAAAGAUAAUGUGACGAAUCCGUUGUUGAUCUUCGUAUUUGGAAUUGAAGAUACCGAUUUAGUCCAUCCAUUUUAUCCCGAAGAUUCGAAAAUUAAUCAAAAUAAACAAAGAUUGAUUUACAAUGAAAAUAUCGAUUUUUACGAUCCAGAAAUUUUACGAUGGUUUGAUUCGUUUCUCAAAAACCUCAAUCGAAGUGAUUUGUUCAUGAAUGUUCAACAAACGUAUUCGCAAUGGUUGACCAUCGGACGAUUAUUACGCGGAUUUGUCACAUCGAAUAAGAAAUCAGUUUUCCUGUCGGAUGACGAUGAAUUUUUCGUUCCGGAGAAUCGAAAUCAAACUAUCAAUGCAAUGGAGCAACUCUUUCAGCUUUUCAAAGGCUCGAACCGAUUUCAAUCAGGAAGUGGCGAUGAUAAUUAUCGUAUUGGGUUUUUACCUGAUCAAAAAACAAAACAAAUACGUGCAUUUCUAUUCACUGUCAAUAUGAAUGUUACAUUCAAUUCAUAUGCUGUUCAAGAUGCGUAUUAUAACAAAUUACAAGACUAUUUCGAAGAACGAUUAGAAGAACUACGGUCGACCGAAGGUUCGAACGGUCAUGUUUAUAAACAAGUCAAACACGGUUGGUUCGUCUCUCCUCAAUUUUUAUUUUACGAUCUGAUGCGUGAGGUCAUUCGUGGUACAUAUACAUCAUUGAUAUUCUCUAUGCUAUUUGCACUUGUCGUGCUUCUGUUAACAUCUGGCAACGUUCUAAUCACAUUAUAUGCCAUGACGACGAUCACGUUUAUCAUUGCCGAUACCGUAGCAAUAUUUGUGCUGUGCGGUUGGGAAUUAAAUAUCCUGGAAACGAUCAUUAUCAUCAUGAGUGUUGGUUUAAGUGUUGAUUUCACGGUGCAUUAUGGUGUGGCUUAUAUCAAAGCAGAUUGGAAGAAAAAUCAAGCAGAUAUUAAACAAUCAACAAAGAACUUGCAUUUAUCGGAUGGGACGAAUCAUCAGGAAGAAUCUCAAAAUCACAAUGAAAGUUUGUUUCAACGUUUGAAGCGUCGACAUCAACAAGGAAAUCUGCAACGUUUUCGUCGAAUCAAAAAUAGUCUAACUCGUGUUGGUUCAGCUGUUUUCAUUGCUGGUUUUACAUCUUUUCUUGCUGGAGUAUCAAUGGCACCGAGCAAACUAACAUCUUUUUCUCAGAUGGGCUUUUUCCUUAUGUUAAUCAUGUUCAUUAGCUGGUUGUUUGCCACAUGGUUUUUUCUUCCACUACUUUCAUUCAUCGGACCGAUUGAUCGAUUUGGUGAUAUACCAUUCGGAAAACUAUGCCGAUGUGGUAAAUUGUCAUCGCCAACUGUUAUUCGAGCAGUACCGUCCGGUAACAAACAGGAAAAUCUGAACGAUGAACAGUGGGUUUAG